CAACCAGCUGCUCCAUGUGACCCCAAAUGCACAGGAGGCCAGGGAUCAUGUCAGAGUAAUGGACGCUGUCUUUGUUGGUGGGGCUGGACUGGGCCUCAUGCAGCGUACAUCACAUCAGGGGUGCGCAAAAACAGAAUACUGGCUGAUUAUUGCACAAAAGCAUGCCAUUACACACAUGACUAUCUGAAUCCAGCUUGUGCCACCAUCCCCACCCCUGAAGUGUGUAGUGUACCUACAAACAAAACUGUACCAGCCAUCCCUUGUGAUCCACUCUGUGGCACAGGGAUUUACCACAGUACUGGAAAGUGUUUGUCAAAUGGCCGUUGCCUCUGCUGGUGGGGUUGGACUGGCUCAGGAGCCUGCUAUGUUGAUGGAGGAGCUUAUAACAACAGAAUCAUAGCUGAUAGAUGUACUAGAGCUUGCCACUACACUCAUGAUUACAGAAAUAAUAACUGCACCAAUGACACAUCAACAGCAAAGCCCUCAACAAGACCACUGACUACAGGGAACCCAGGUACAGGAAGCACAACAACAAGGCAACCAACCACAGGCCCAUUAACCACAGGGAAAUCGACUACUAGACAACCAACUACAGGAAAACCAACCACAAGGAAACCAACCACAGGGCAACCAACUACAGGAAAACCAACUACAGGAAAACCAACAACAGGACAACUAACCACAAAGAAACCAACCACAAGGAAACCAACCACAGGGCAACCAACCACAGGACAACCAACCAAAGGGCAACCAACCUCAGGGAAACCAACCUCCGGGAAACCAACCUCCGGACAACCAUCUACAGGACAGCCAAAGACAGGACAACCAACCACCGGGCAACCAACCACCGGACAACCAACCUCAGGGAAACCAACCUCUGGGAAACCAACCUCCGGACAACCAUCUACAGGACAGCCAAAGACAGGACAACCAACCACAGGGAAACCUACUACAAGAAAAACAACCACAGGGCCACGGUCCACGGGGAAGCCAACCACAAGAAAAUCAACCCCAAGGCAGCCAACCACAGGGAAACCUCAGUCAUCAACAAACCAACCAACAACAGGUCAAACUACAGCAAAGAUUCCAACUACCCAACAGAAGACCACACAAGGGGUGACCUCCACUACAGCUAAGGCAACCACUACCCAAGCGGCAACAACUACAGUAAAGACACAGACUGCAGUACCAACUACUACACAGAGGACUACAACUCAAGGUGUCAGAACUACUACUCCUAAAGCAACGACCUCCAAAGCUGCAACAACUACAGCACUGACGACAACUGUUGGCACCACUACUGGUACCAAGGCACCAACUACUAAAAAGACUACCACACAAAAAGUGAUCACCACUGCUACAACACCCACUAAACCAAAGACAAUGACACAAGGGGUGAGCUCCACCACGGCCAAAGUAAUAACCACUCGAGCUACAACAACGACAGAGCCUCCAGAACCUACCGAACCUACUGAGCCUACAGAACCAACAGAACCUGGGGUACUUCAGGUCAGGGGAAUGUUUCAAAACAACCUAAAUCAGUUACAGAACGAUGUUGACGACAGUGAGAUUGACGAUGAAGAUGUUAGUGAUGAACAAGAUGUGGAAGACAAAGAGCCAAAUAAAUUUAGUUCUGUAGCUGUAGCAGUAGUCCUGAUCGCAUUAGUGGUUUGUGUGGCAGCAUUUGUUGGUGCAAUGUGGUGGACUUACGGUAACGGAAACCAGUGCCCCAGUAUUCUGCGAGGGUAUGAACCAGUGGCAGGUACUGAUUUCAACACUCGAACGGAUGAGUUUUUUAUAUCAACUGAUGUUCCAUAGUCAUGCAGUAAAUAACUUGAUUGCUCUAAAUGCUGUUUAAUGUAUACCUGGUAACUAACAUAUUAGUCCAGAUUACGAGCAAGGAGCUGAAUGGAUGUCUUUGAUUAACAACAUUACUCAGUUGUCCCAAAGAUGAAUUUAUCACAUCAAUUUAAUGUCAUUAAUAGCUUCAAGGUAGAAGCAGUUUGUACUGACAUGGACUUCCUUAAGUAAGCCUCAAGAUGCAGUCCACUACGAAAUAAUUUAAAAGGUGUAGAUUUGCAAUGAUACACUUUUUAUUAAGUCCUAUUUGAAGUCAAAUCAAACAUCAAAUUGUGUCUAUAUUGUAACACAAUCCCUUUAGGUGACUGGUAGAUUUAGGGGUGCCAUGACGUGUUGUACAAUCUCCUUUUCUUUGUGGUAACAGCCAGGAUUGUUCUUUAAUUUUGUAAGGAAGUAAAAAAGUUUAUUUGAAAAAAAUAUUUUUAUGAUGGAUUUUAUGUGAUUAAUAAAGAAUUGGAAUUUCAUGUGAAAUACAAUAAGACACAAAAGCUAGACCACAAUUAUCAUAAUUUAUUUCUAUAAAUAAUAUUAUUUUGUUUUAUAGUAAAACUAGAGGUAGUAGAAGUAGUAGAAACUUACAAGUUAAAUUGAAAAAAAAAUAAAUAAAUAAAUAAAAAUUCCUAUACCAUGAUGUACUUUAGUAUUUGCCAUGAAUUAAACACGUUCUCAAUAAG